CACUAGCUCAUAUGGAAAUAAGAAAAAAAAACGGCACGGCACGGUCGUCCAAUUAAGUUAAUUUUGUUAAGUAAACAUACAAGUGCGGAGUCGCCGCGCGCAUCCACGUAACCGUACAGCCGCCCACGCCACGGUUCUCAACCGCUAGUCAAAGCGCGAUCCGUAGUUUCGCCAGCAUUGCGGUCCACGUGUGGAAAUAGCCAGGAAAAGCGAGCACACACACACAAACACACAGGAGCACUGCGAGGAACACGUAUACAAAUGCGCGCGAGGGAAAAGCGCUAGGUCAGAGGAAAGUGAAAAGUGAAAAGCGAAAAGCGCGUCAGGGAUUCGCCAUCGGAAUUCGCACGACGUAACUCGAAGGAAAAUGCCGCUGCUCGCCUACCGGGAGAAGCACAUCUUGAGUGCCCAGCAGCUGAGGAAGCUGAGCGAGCACAAGUACUCCUGCUUCAGCGCCAGCCUCCUCGAUCCGCUGCUGCAGCCCUGGUGGAACUGGCUGGUGGCCCAGACGCCCCUUUGGCUGGCCCCCAAUCUCAUCACCAUCGUGGGCCUGAUCCUCAAUGUGGUCACCACCCUGAUAUUAAUCUGUUAUAGCCCAAAUGGCGUUGAGGCUCCGCCACGUUGGACCUGUGUGCUCUGCGCCCUGGGCCUGUUCAUCUACCAGAGUCUGGAUUCCAUCGACGGGAAGCAGGCGCGUCGCACGAACACCUCCUCGCCGCUGGGCGAGCUCUUCGACCAUGGCUGUGACUCCAUAUCCACGGUGUUCGUGGCCCUGUCGGCCUGCAUCUCCUGCCAACUGGGACACUAUCCCAACUGGCUGUUCUUCCAGUGCUUCUGUGCUAUAGCUCUCUUCUACUGCGCCCACUGGCAGACCUAUGUGUCCGGAACGAUGCGCUUCGGCCGAAUUGAUGUGACGGAGGCGCAGUUCUCCAUCAUAGCCAUUCACCUGGUGUCGGCUGUGCUGGGUCCUGAGAUCUGGCUGACCAAGCUACCGUACUUCGACUGCGAAACCCGAUUUCUGCCAAUUUAUGUGGCCUGCGGCGUAGAUUUGAUCCUAGCACUACGCUACUCGAAGUGCAUUUUGACCGAGGGUUGCGGCAAGAACGGAUCAUCGGUUGCUGGCACCAGUGUGCUAUCGCCCAGCAUCCCGCUCACGCUGGUGGUGCUACCCGCCCUAAUGAUCGCCCAGAAGUCGCCGCAGAAUAUCUUCACCGAACACGCCUCGGUGUACAUCAUGGCCUUCGGCAUGGUGGCCGCCAAGGUCACCAACAAGUUGGUGAUUGCCCACAUGACCAAAUCGGAGAUGGAGUACCUGGACUGGUCGCUGCUCGGCCCCGCGCUGCUGUUCCUCAACCAGUACUUCAACUGCAUCGUGCCGGAGAUCUGGCUGCUGUGGUUCACGCUCAUCUGGGGCACCCAGGAUCUGCUGCGCUACUGCGCCCAAGUUUGCCUGGAGAUCUGUCAGCACCUGCGCAUCGAUCUCUUCCGGAUACCGUACACGCCCAAGGGCGCCGCUCCGCAUCCGGCUACCGCCUCGGUGAGCAGUCAGAGCAACAUUGGCGGCAGCGCGGACAAGAACGGCGGCACCGCGCAUCGAAAGUCGAAGAGCAAACCGCACUAGGUUUCGGUUACCGCUACAUUAAUUAGUUCUCUUUUACAAAUUAACGUCGUUAGAUCGGAGGGAUACUCGUAGGAGCAGGCGGAGCGCAAGUAAUACAAACCCGUUAACACAACCCAACAAAAUUCACCGUCAAUGUGUAAGCUAAAACAGGAGAAACACAACCAAACGAAAUGAAACAA